CCGGGGGAGGGGGGGCGUCUUGCGGACUGACUGCUUUAGGAACACGUACACACACACACACACAUAGCCUGACUGAGUCCCACAGCGACGCACUCUCUCCGGUCAAAACUACUGUUCAGCGUUCCGGUAACGGUGACGCUACCACGCAAGGCCUAGCGAGCCGACUUUUUUUUUUUUUUUUUUUUAAUAAAAGGGAAAGUCCUACGAAAGACGAGCGCCAUAACAAUCAGUGCGCGUGAAGAAGGAAUAGCUUAGCAACAGAGUCCCACUUCCUGACAGGUGCUAAAGGAUCCAAGCCCUUAACACCAUGGAUAUGGACACUCAACCGCAAGGACAGCAAGCCGCCGUGCCAGUGUUCCAGCCCCAGAAACCUUUGCAGCCAGAUAUGGGCCACAAUUCACUGGCUAACUUCCAAAUCGAGAAGAAAAUAGGCCGGGGACAAUUCAGUGAGGUUUACCGGGCGAGGUAUCUGCUAGACAACACAUCUGUGGCCCUGAAGAAAGUCCAGAUAUUUGACUUGAUGGAUGCGAAAGCUCGGCAAGAUUGCAUCAAAGAGAUAGAUCUCCUUAAGCAACUGAACCAUCCAAAUGUGAUAAAGUAUCAUGCGUCUUUUAUUGAGGACAAUGAGCUAAACAUAGUACUGGAGCUAGCUGAUGCUGGAGACCUCUCACGUAUGAUCAAGCACUUUAAGAAGCAAAGGAGGCUUAUCCCCGAAAGAACCGUGUGGAAGUACUUUGUCCAGCUUUGCAGUGCGCUGGAGCACAUGCACUCCCGGAGAGUCAUGCACAGAGAUAUCAAGCCAGCCAACGUAUUCAUCACAGCUACAGGAGUAGUGAAGUUAGGAGAUCUUGGACUCGGACGCUUCUUCAGCUCCAAAACCACCGCCGCUCACUCUCUUGUGGGUACUCCAUACUACAUGUCACCGGAGAGGAUACAUGAAAAUGGAUACAACUUCAAGUCAGACAUCUGGUCACUAGGAUGCCUUCUCUAUGAGAUGGCUGCCCUACAGAGUCCGUUCUAUGGGGAUAAGAUGAACCUCUAUUCUCUUUGUAAGAAGAUCGAACAGUGCGACUACCCUCCUCUUCCCUCGGAUCACUACUCAGAGGAGCUGAGGAACUUGGUAGAUAUGUGCAUCAACCCCGACCCGGAGAAGAGGCCGGACAUCACCUACGUGUACGACAUCGCCAAACACAUGCAGAACCUGACGCAGGGCAGCUAAGCCCGGAAAAUACACAAACUAUAGCUUGUACAAACACAACUCAAUUCCCAUGCUGGACGUGUACUACAUCUAUCUGCUUCUAUGCAAUUACUUAGUCCAGAGCUCGUUGUUGUGAUAAGCGGGACAGCAUUUGUAAUAUGUUGGGUUUUUUUUUUUUAUCUAAAACGUGAGUGGCAGCCUAAAUCCUUUUUGGCUCAAGGGGGGGGGGAAACAUUGCCCACUAAACUCUCUCAAUUAGAAAUCACUCUUUAUAUUAGCGGUCUAAUACUUUUUCUCCUUUUUCAUUUAGAGCCCCGACACUGUUUACAUGUACGCAGGUUAUACUUACUUAACAAUUGCUGCAGAAAAAAAAAAUGAAAGUAAAUAAUUUUGUAAAAGGUUUAUUUUGCGAUAACGGCACAACUGAUAGAAGUGAGACGACGGAAGUGUUAUGUUGCACUUUUUUUUUUUACCCUGGUACUAAGGCUUGGCAGGGUAAUCAUGUCAAAUGAAUGUAAGUCGUUCAGAGAGGAUGGAGUCGUAACGUGCAGGAAAUAGGAGCAAUGCACGGGCAAAUGUUGUCAUUGGAUGUUAGCAUGCAUUGUCGUUGAAAAGUCAGCUUGAAGGAGUAGUAGAAAAAAGUUCAGUUUGGACAUGGUAUUUCUUAGCAAAUGGGGGGUAAAAAAAAACCAAAACAAAAACAUAUGAGCCACCAGGAAGUUGGUGUUUAUUGCUAAAAUAGUGUUAACAUUGCUGUGUAAGUUUGCCGUGUGUUCCUUGUGAGGGGAUCAAAUAUCUUACAGACAGUUGAUUCUUUCCGUUUGUAGAUUAUAUUAAGUGUUAUACAGAAACAUGGCAGCCACUCUGUACUGAAAAAAUAUGUUUUACCAGAAUAUCAAAACAGUUACACUAUGUGGUUAGGGUAUAUGAUGAAUACAAAUACCGAGGUCCUACAAAAUUCUCAUGAGAACAGGUUCUAUCUUCCUGAUUUCUGUUCACAUUUAACAUACCAAAGUUUUAUUCACUGUACGUUUUAGCGGCAAUUAAAUAUAUAAAAUAGGUUUACAACAGUGUGUCACAGCACUGACUAUCAUCUGCUUGCUUUGUGGUGCUGCCACACGGAAAGGCGUAGGUUAUAUAAGGUCAUGGUGACGCUUUAUUUGCUUUUACAUGGAUUGUCUUUUAACCUACCGUAUUUUCUGGACUAUAAGUCGCUCCGGAGUAUAAGUCGCACAAGGCCAAAAAUGCAUAAUUAGGUAGAAAAAAAACAUACAUAAGUCGCUCUGGAGUAUAAGUCGCACAAGGCCAAAAAUGCAUAAUUAGGUCAAAAAAAACAUACAUAAGUCGCACAAGGCCAAAAAUGCAUAAUUAGGUCAAAAAAAACAUACAUAAGUCGCACAAGGUCAAAAAUGCAUAAUUAAGUAGAAAAAAAACAUACAUAAGUCUCUCUGGAGUAUAAGUCGCACAAGGCCAAAAAUGCAUAAUUAGGUAAAAAAAAAAAACAUACAUAAGUCGCUCUGGAGUAUAAGUCGCACAAGGCCAAAAAUGCAUCAUUAGGUAGAAAAACCAUACAUAAGUCACUCUGAAGUAUAAGUCGCACAAGGCCAAAAAUGCAUAAUUAGGUAGAAAAAAAGCAUACAUAAGUCUCUCUGGAGUAUAAGUCGCACAAGGCCAAAAAUGCAUAAUUAGGUUGAAUAUAAGUCGCACAAGGCCAAAAGUGCAUAAUUAGGUCGAAAAAAACAUACAUAAGUCACUCUGGAGUAUAAGUCGCACAAGGCCAAAAAUGCAUAAAUAGGUUGAAAAAAACAUACAUAAGUCGCACAAGGCCAAAAAUGCAUAAUUAGGUCGAAUAAACCCCAUACAUAAGUCUCUCUGGAGUAUAAGUCGCACAAGGCCAAAAAUGCAUAAUUCGGUCCAAAAAAAACAUACAUAAAAAAACAUACAUAAGUCGCUCUGGAGUAUAAGUCGCACAAGGCCAAAAAUGCAUAAAUAGGUUGAAAAAAACAUACAUAAGUCGCACAAGGCCAAAAAUGCAUAAUUAGGUCGAAAAAACCCCAUACAUAAGUCUCUCUGGAGUAUAAGUCGCACAAGGCCAAAAAUGCAUAAUUAUGUAGAAAAAAAACAUACAUAAGUCUCUCUGGAGUACAAGUCGCACAAGGCCAAAAAUGCAUAAUUCGGUCGAAAAAAACAUACAUAAGUUGCUCUGGAGUAUAAGUCGCACAAGGCCAAAAAUGCAUAAAUAGGUAGAAAAAAACAUACAUAAGUUGCAUUUUUAGCAGGUAAUUUAUUUUACAAAGUACUUGACCAAAACAGACAUUACAUCAUGUUGGAAUGCAAGUUCUAAAAAAAUAAUAAAAAUGACCAGAAAAGGUGUCCAGUGUUUAUGUAACAUAAACAGUUUUUUCAUUUAUAAGUCGCUCUGGAGUAUAAGUCACAGGAACAGCCAACCUAUGAAAAAAAAGUGCGACUUAUAGUCCGGAAAAUACGGUAAUUGAAUGAGUUGCAAACAUGCUACAUUUUAUCUUGUUUCAUUACCAUCAAAUACAUCCGACAGCAGAUAUCAUAUCUUUAUUUUUUAUUUUUGUCCUUGUUUCUGUUUACUCCCAAACCCCCUCCAUCAUAAUAUACAUUCAGUAUCAUUUGGUAUUUAUUGACUUCAUUCACAAUACUCAGUAUUUUUAUAAUUUUUUUCCAAGCAUGUUAUUUUCAAUGCCACAGCGGAACCUUUGGUUAAGUUAUUUUUUUCUACAUAAGAAAUAACGGAAAUCCAAUUAAUAUGUUCCAGACAUUAAAAAAAAAUAUUAACAAAAAAUGCAUUUUAUAGAGAUUUUUUUUUUUUACAUGAAAAAAAUUGUGAAAUAAUUCUAAAUAUAUAUAUAUUAAUGGCAUUGAAAACCAAAGUAUGACCGUAUUUUUAUUUGUGUUUUUUAACAGAUUGAGAUUUUUUAAAAAAAAUGCCUCAUAAGUGAGAUUUGUUUUUUACAUGAAAAAAAAUUGUGAAAUAAUUCUAAAUAUAUAUAUUAAUGGCAUUGAAAACCAAAGUAUGACCGUAUUUUUAUUUGUGUUUUUUAACAGAUUGAGAUAAAUAAAAAAAAUGCCUCAUAAGUGAGACUAUUGGCUUUAAACAUGUUUACAACACCAAAACGUCAUUGUGACCCAUCACCCCCAGAAGGGAUGUAUGUAUCCCAUAUUGUUCUUUGAAUUAUGCAAAAUAAAUUGUCAUUUCAAUGUUUUGUCUCUAAAGGAAAAUGCAUAUACUGUAUGUAACUUUUUUUUUUCCAUUGUCCUUGUCCUGAAGCUCAUUGAUUUUGAACAUGAAAUAUGCUGUUGACUUUUGCAUUGCUUUGCCUGAACUCUGUUGUGUGCAUUGAGUAUUGUUUUGUGUUUGCUGCACAGACAAUUAAAUCCAGGUCGUUUGUAAGUCCUCACAAGGGGCUUGUUAAACAUACACAGUACCGGGGGAUUGUAGUGGUUCUUAUUAGAGGGUAAAAUUUCUUAUCGUCAUGCAAAGUAUCACAGGGCUCUCUACUGUGCCCCAUUAUUUUUUUUACCUUGACUCGGUUGCAUUUUCCAAAGGCCAAUCGAAAGUGUGUCAUCGCAGAGCCGAGGGUAAUUUUCCCAAAAGUCAAAUUACAGGCACUAGAGGCGUUAUUUAUGGUUUGGCUAGUGGUUGUUUUGGUUUCAUCUCACACUAAAGAGUCUGGGCCGUGCCGUGUAUUGUAGCGAAAAUGCAAUAAAACUCUCACAUGUCUUCUA